ACGUUGGCCUGUAAUCAGCCAGGACUACAUCUUGUCUGUACAUCACACUCGCCGUACCAUAUCAUGUGUGUUUGUACACAGAUGACAUUCCUCAGCCAACCCGUAAUUCGUAAUUGUGAUGUUCGACUGUCUCAAGACUUAGACCUGCCUCCGUUACCAGGUGUCAUGUGAAGGUCAAUUAGACCAACUGGUGAGAAAGAUCUGUUGAGGUGACACGACAUUUCAGUCCACAAGGGAGGCUGAACACAGUUACCAGUGCUAUGAAGUUUGACGACAUCCUGGUACAAAUAGGAGAGUUCGGCUACUUCCAGCGCCGUCUCUACCUGCUGCUAUGUAUGCCAUCCGUUGUUACCGGGUGCUACAUGAUGAUCCUGGUCUUCGUCAUGGAACCUCCUGAACACAGGUGUAAAAUACCAGAAUGGGGAAAUGAUACAUAUGCAAUCCAAAGUGAAGAGCACCGGAAAUGGAUUAAUUACACCAUUCCACCAUCUACUGACGACCAGCAUACCUAUGAUCAAUGUCACUAUUACGCUUGGAGUAAAAAUGACAGAUCAUUCGCAAACAGAACAGUGCAUGAAUGCACAGAAUGGGUUUAUGACAAAACUGUUUUCUUGGAAACGUUUACAUCACGGCACAACCUUGUAUGUGGAGAGUCUAUAAAGACUUCAAUGGCUGAGAUGGUGUUUUAUUUCGGAGUACUAGUGGGAGAUAUAUCUUUUGGACUUUUGUCUGAUGUAAUCGGAAGAAAGAAAACAUUCACCAUUUCAGUCAUUAUUCUCUUGGCCUCCUCUUCAGCCACGGUGUUCGCACCAGAGUUCUACAGUUUCUGUGUCCUGGAGUUUAUCAAUGGUGCGGCCGUUCACGGAGCCUUUAUGGUCUGCUGUGUGCUGGGUCUUGAGAUGGUGGGACCCAGUAAGCGGGUGUGGGCGGGCAUCCCUAUCCAUAUGUUCUUCGCUGUUGGUUUGGUGUACCUGGCGGGAAUGGAGUACUUCACAAGGGAUUGGCAAUACGUCCAGAUCGCCAUCACAGCACCAGUAACAUUCUUCCUUCUGUAUUGGUGGCUGAUCACAGAGUCACCCAGAUGGUUGACCAGCCAGGGUCGUUACGAGGAGGCCAACACGAUCAUAAGCAAGGCAGCCAAGGCGAACAAUGUAGAUAUGCAAGACGAGAAACUAGUUGAUUUGUCUACACUAGAUGCACCCAAGCAGGGCAACAUUUUGGAACUAUUCAAAUCUAAGGUUUUGUUUUUCCGGACAAUGAUUCUAUUUUUUAAUUGGAUUGUAAUUAGCAUGGUGUACUAUGGGGUUACAAUGCAUACUGGAAACUUAGGCGGCAAUUUCUACCUCAAUUUCUUCAUCCUGGCUGUGGUGGAAUUUCCAGCCAAAGCCAUGACGAUGGUGUUACUGAACCGUAUCGGGAGGAAGAAGAUGCAUUGCACGUGUAUGAUGAUUGGCGGCAUUGCAUGUCUCUCAACAGUCUUUACUGUGGUAUAUGGAGGUGAUAGUUUUCAGCCGGUGACACUGACGUUAGCCAUUAUCGGAAAGUUUGGAUCUGCGGCAGCCUUUGGUGUAAUUUAUAUCUAUUCUCUGGAACUCUACCCGACCGUGGUGAGGAACGGGGGCAUGGGAAUGAGCUCGUGUGUAGCUCGUGUAGGAGGAAUGGUGGCUCCGUACGUGGCUAAGUCGGGUGACCUGGUCGGGGGCCGUUUUGGUCAGGCGUUACCAUUGGUGAUAUUUGGUGGGUGUUCAGUGCUGGCUGGUAUUUUUACACUUUUCCUGCCAGAAACACACAACCGAAAACUACCCGAAACGAUUCAAGAUGGAAAGGAAUUUGGAAGAAAACCCAGGGGAGUAUCUACAGCAAAUCUGGUAAUAUCCUCUGAUACAAUCAACAGUAUAACGAACGGCAAACAUCACGUGACAGAUGAAUCAAACAAAACAGAAUAAAGGGACAAAAAGCUACCAGAUUCUCAAAAAAUCCUCCCGUUUUUGUUUUUGUCAACAGUUUUGAAAAUGAAAAUAAAAAACAUCU